AUGGUCAAGUAUCUGCACAAUCUUCCACUGAUCAUUGACCUUCGUUGUUCACUGAGUGGAGAUGACCUCAACAGGCAGUGGCUGACACCCAGUUCCCAGCUGCACCCAACGAUUUACCAUGCCAAAGGUCUCCUCUAUUACCUGAGCAGCAUUGGCCGGGCUCCUCUGGUGUUCUGUGACUACCAUGGGCACUCCCAGAAAAAGAAUGUGUUUCUCUAUGGCUGCAGCAUUAAAGAGACCUUGUGGCAGGCAGGCUGCAUGGUUGACACAGCAGUUGUCACAGAAGAUGUUGGCUACAGGACUCUUCCCAAAAUCCUGGAUAAAGUGGCCCCAGCGUUUGUCAUGAACAGCUGCAGCUUCCUGGUGGAGAAGUCCCGGGCGUCCACAGCCCGUGUGGUGGUGUGGAAGGAAAUGGGGGUGCUGAGGAGCUACACCAUGGAAAGCACCUACUGCAGCUGCAGCCACGGACUCUACAGGAAUGUAGCAGGAAGUAUUCAGCUGCUGUUUUAA